AUGUCUCUCGAAUUCCACCUCCGCUCAGACAUCAUGUUCGGUGAUCGAUAUCGCCUGUCUUUGUUCGAGUACAACCUAUUUGCAAUUCAGUUCAACAAGCAAGAAUGUGCUGCUGUCAAUGAGACCGCCCCAGAUUUCGUGGGAUGCUCACCAGCAGGAUUAUCGAGCGUGCUUGCUAGCAUGAGUCUCACUCAGCCGCCAGCAGCUUCAACGGCUCCACCAGCAUCAAUGUCGUCUUCAUCGGGCAAUCCGAGCCUCACAACAAUAUCGGGCGAUGCAGUGUCUGAAACAGCGGUGCCCACGACAGGGAAGCCGAUAACAGCAACGACUUUUGUCGGAGCACCGUUGAUGACCGGCAGCUGCACGGUGCCGUACUUUGCGAUAGUAACGGACGCCGCCGGCGGGGUGACCGAGUUUCUCAACGUCGGCUGUUCUGAAAACCGACCAGAUUGCUGUCCAUAUGAGUAUGGACUCCAUGCAGUCAUCACAAGGUGCCCACAGGACUAUUUUACAACCGCGAGUGCUUGCUGUCCACUUGGAUAUCAGAUAUAUUAUACUGCAAUUGGGCUGGAGACUCCGUGCUAUUCGGCUCCUGCCACGACAUUUGUUCCAGCGUCCACUCCAACAGUGGUUGGUCUGACCCUUAUCACUGACCACGUCUUCUCGCAGAAGUAUUCGCUUGUGACACAACAGCAGGCGAAAAGCAACUUCCCUCCUGGAGCGAAGAUUGCUAUCCCCGUUUCCAUUUGGGUCGUGAUAUGUAUAGUAUGCAUAACGACGUUUUUCUGGGUCAGAAGGAGGCGUAAGGCGAAGCGAGCCGCCGAAGCAAACCGCACGACAACAUUCCCACCCGAAGAGCCCGCUCUCCCUCACAUGUCGAUGUCGAGAGCGCCAACCGCACACGAGCUGGACAGCCCAGAGGCCCAAGCAGGAUCUCCAGGGGUUGUCGGAGCAAACGGUUGGCCCAUGUUUCCGACAUCGUCACCACCAGCAUAUGAUCAGAGCAAAGGAGGGCUCGCUAUUCACAAGCAGCCGCCCGGGGUUCCACAGGAGCUGCCAGGAAGCACAUAUAUACACGAGCAUCAUCCGGUGUUUUCUCCUGCUGGUUCGGUGAGCACACCCACCGAAGCAACGCCCGGCUCGCCGCCAGGAACACCCGUGCAGGCCGCUGCGGCGGGAAUUGGGACAAGGUCACCAGUGCUGUCUAACGUCACAACACACUCAGAUGCUCAGGGUCCAGGAUUCGUCUCGCCCCUAGGGUCUCCGAGACUGCCCAAGACCGGAUAG